GGGCGGUGCGACGCACGGCGCCGGCCCGCCGCACCAUCACGGCGUGGGCACCGAACACCCACCCGCGCCGCACCCCCGGCCGCACGCCGCCGCCGCAGCCGCCGCCGCGCCGCCGCCGCCAAGUUGGGCGGCCCCGGCGGCGCCGGCGCGCUCUCCGCCGCCGCCGCCGCCGUCGGCAACUGGGCCGGCCCGCCGCCCAAGGAGCUCGCGAUGGCCGGGGGCGGCAAGCCCACUGGCUGGGAAGAGCCCAGCCCGCCCACGCAGCGACGCAAUCCGCCCAACUACGACGACGGCACCUCGCUCUGGGGGAAUCCGGGCGCGCAGGGCAGGAUGGGAGGAAAAGUCUCACAUUGGAAGGAUAUGCCAACUCCAAACAUGGGCAGAGGUGGAGGUAUGCAAUGCCCUCCAGGUAUGCCACAAAACCGCAUUCCUGGGAAUGGUGCUGGCAAUAUGAAACCAGAUGGUGCCCCGCUGUGGGGUCACCCGGGCAGAAAUGGCUCCUGGGGAGAGGGCCAACAUGAGGCAGCUGGUCCAGGUUGGGGUGAAGACCCUAAGGGCAUCGGGGCAGCUGGGGUGAAUUCCUGGUCUGAACCUCCUCUAACACCUACAUCUUGGGGAGGACCAAAACCCAAGACUCUGACACCUGGUGGUUGGGAUACUGGAGAUAUGGAACCUGCUUCAUGGGGUCAUGCUCCUAAACCUGGUCAGAAACCACUGACAAAAGAUAUUGUUUGGGCUAGUAAGCAGUUCCGUAUAUUAGCUGAAAUGGGUUUUAAGAAGGAGGAUGUAGAGAAUGCUUUACGAUCCAGCAAUAUGAACUUUGAAGAUGCACAUGAACAGUUGAAUGCUCGCUUGAGUGUGGCAGAUGCGUGGCGUCGUCAGGAGGCAGAACAUUCAGCAGGGGCACCUUUUGAUCUCGGUCAUGGUGGUGCAGGACCUGGAUUUCAACGGUACAACCCGGUGCAGCAACAACCACCUAUGUCAUUUGCUCCUCCGGGUGGUGGCGGUGUGGGAGGUGGCCCCAGCUUACUCAACAACUUGGGAGGCAGUGGCAGUGGAGGAGUGGGCAGCAACCCUGCCGCGCUGGGAGUGAAUAGCUUGAGUCCUGCGGUGGUCCAGAAAAUGCUGUCAGCGCAGCAAGGUGGCCCAGGGCCUGUGCCAGGCAGUGGAGGUGGAGGGGGUGGUGGAGGGCCCUUUGGGCAGGCUCCACGCGCUCCCUCUUCCCAGCCCAGCACAGCUCAGCUUCGAAUGCUGGUGCAGCAGAUCCAGAUGGCUGUGCAAGCUGGCUACCUGAACCACCAGAUCCUGAACCAGCCAUUGGCACCACAAACACUGUUGCUCUUGAAUCAAUUACUGCAACAAAUCAAAGUUUUGCAACAGUUGCUGCAACAGCAAACAGUGGUGCAAAUGCAACCACACAAAGGUGGAUCCUCAAGCGCUGUUCUCCACAUUUCUGUACAAAUUACCAAAACCAAGCAGCAGAUCUCAAAUCUUCAGAAUCAAAUAGCAUCGCAACAAGCAAUAUACGUGAAACAGCAACAGCAGCAGCAGCAACAACAUUUGGGAGGCCCAGGUGGCGGCCCGCAGGGACCACCUCAUCCUACUGGACCACAAGACUUUUUCAAGCAGCAUGAUCCCCUGCAAACUCUCAAUGCUAACUUCAGUGACCUGGCACUCUCGAAGGAACAGGGCUCAUUUCAGAGCCAGCAGUCCCGACUCAACCAGUGGAAAUUACCUGCCCUUGAUAAAGAUGGUGAUGGUACAAGCAAUGAAUUCUCACGUGCUCCUGGUACCACAACAAAACCAACAUUGGCUCAAAGUCACUCUUCUCCCAACAUGAACCCAUUAUUGGGUCAGAGUGAUAGUACGUGGUCAUCGGUGGGCCGCCCAUCUGAUUCGGGCUGGCCUGACUCUGGUAGUAGUGAUGCAGGAGCUCAAGAUAACAAGGACCCAUGGCCGACUGGCACUCAGAUGAAGAGUAUUGAAGACGAUCCUAGUAUCACUCCAGGAUCUGUGGUUCGCUCUCCUCUUUCACUGGCCUCGAUCAAAGACUCCGAAAUAUUCUCUGGUGGAGGAGGCUCGAAAACUUCGCCAACAGUUAGCGUUUCCGAACCACCACUGCCUCCGCUGUCUUUGUCAAAUUCCACAUGGAGCUUUACACCAGCACCUCAAAAUAGUGGUGGCCUUGGCAAAUUGAGUGGUGGUAAAGUGUGGGGCGAUGCCCCACCACCUACAACAGUUACCAGCGAGUUGUGGGGUGCCCCAAUGGGCAAAGCUCGCGGCCCACCUCCAGGCUUGGGGAGCAAAGGGGUAGGCGUUGGAGGAGGCGGCUCCAGCAGCAAUGGCUGGGGUGGUGCACGUGCGGGCGGAGGAGGCUCUGGGGGAUGGGGCAGUGCUUCAAGUGGUUGGGCUCCCCAGAGCUCCGCUUGGUUGCUCUUGCGCAACCUAACCCCACAGAUUGAUGGGUCCACCUUGAAGACCCUGUGUGUGCAACAUGGUCCUCUGCAGAACUUCCACUUGUACCUGAACCAUGGCAUAGCCCUUGCCAAGUACUCAACUCGGGAGGAGGCCAAUAAGGCCCAAGGUGCAUUAAACAAUUGUGUUUUGGGCAAUACCACCAUUUUUGCUGAGUCGCCUGGGGACAGUGAUGUCCAUGCUCUCCUGCAGCAUCUUAACCACGGUGCCCAACAGCAGGCAGGUGCACCACAGGGCAGCGGUGGCGGUGGCGGCGGGUCGUGGGCUCUGCGAGGCUCCCAGGGGGCUGGAGGGGGGCAACCCACAGGCUCUGCUGCUGGGCCACAGAGUAAAAAUUCAGGCCCUGGUGCUGACACAUGGGGUGCCCCUGGCGCUGGUUCGCAGCUGUGGCCAGCUGGCCCCAGUGGUGGCUCUCUGUGGGGUGGUGGUGGGCCCCUGGAUGCCUCGGGGGCUGACCAGCACCGGGCCACACCCUCCUCGCUCAACUCAUUCCUGCCCGGUGAUCUGCUGGGUGGAGAGUCCAUGUGAUGCGGCGGCGCAUGCUUGGGCGCCGGCGUGGGUGAGUCUGACGCCAGAAACCCCAGCACUCUCCUUGUGGAGAGGCCGUCUCCCUACCUGUGAUCUCAGCUUCCUAGACAUCAACACAUGUGGUAUCCUCCUGUUCACUAUAUUCUCCUGUCUGUGCUGUAUUAGUAUAAUGUAUUGGGUGGAUGUUAGGAAGGAAAAGCAUUUUUAUGAUUUUCAUUUGUUAGCUACAAUCAGACUGCACAUUUAAGUAUUCAAUGACACAAGCUGCUCCCUUUUGCAAUCAAGGUGUUCAAAUCUGUACGUGUGAUUAACUUAGGGAUAUCUAUUGUAUCAAUCACCACUUCCAAUGCGUCGCUUAGUGCGCGCAGAGAGGCAUGAGAAGUGGCAAGUUGCCAGGUACCAUCUCAUUGGCAGAGGGGACUCGGGGAGGUUGGGAAUUGUCAACCAAACCGUGCGCCCUGGCUGUAGAACUCUGAGUCUCUCCAACUGUGCUGUGACUUUCGAGUGGCUUUUCCUUUCAUGUAAUGUAGAGAUAAUAUUAUUAAUGCAAAAUGUAAUUGAGCAGUGAACUUGAUAUUUUCUUUCCGGAUAAAAGCUCUCUGGUAGAGAAGUGACUCAAUGGUGCAAAAGAGUGCUGUCGGCCCCUGCUCUCAAGGUCUCACUCUAGGAUCAAAGGUUUUUAUUAGUAUUAUCAUGAAUGCAACUUUGAAGCAGGGUUGAUAGCAAUUUUAAUGGUUCCACUGGUAGUAUCUAGUUAAUAAGAAAGAUUUAUAAAUGCCAAGUGUAGUGUAUAAGUCUAACAACAAACAACAAUAACUCUUAUGUGUAGAGUGUGUUUGGAGAGGAAAGGUGUUUUGGUGAAUGGGUGUAUGUUGCUGUGCUUAACUGUAUUUUUUCUCUGCCAAUCAAUCUAGAACCAAAUGAUAAAGUGUUUUACCUAGCUGUAAGAAAUAAGCUUAAGUCAGUAGAUAAUAAGUUCAUAAACCAUGUUAUCAGUAAAUAAGGUGAAUUCUACAAAUGCAUAAAACAAUUUUUAAAAACCCCAAAAAAAGAAAAUAAAAAAAAACAAAGUGCAUUCUCCCGGGACAAGUGUAGCCCAGUGCAGCUGCACACAAUUGCUGCAUCCUUAACUGAAUGUGAUACAAUAAUCUGUUGAAACCUGUGCAAACUUGUCAAUUUUUGUGAAGUACAUACAUUACUAUAGGAUCUAAGGAGGUGUUUUUUUAUUAUUUGUAAGGUUUAGUUUGUGUUGUGCGUGAGGCGUGGCGCAUGGACCCGUGAUACGUACACGACUUUACUGGCUGUUUUUGAAGAUAAAGUAACAGAUAUAGAGAGCUAUAUAUUAAGAAGUACAUAUUACAAUAUAUUAUAUCUAAUAGUAUAAGUUUUUUAAGGAAAAAAGAGUACAAGUGUUCAAGUCAAACUUUGUUUUUGUCUCUCGACAGCAAAACCUCACUCUGGCUCCGGAGUGGAGUAGAGAGGUGCGCAGGGGAGGGGUUUUCCUGGAAUAAGAAUCCAGUCCAUCCUUGCCUUUUUUGCUUUUGACGUGUGUGCAUGCAUGUAACUUGGAAGGAUGGUGCGAGUUGAUGUUGGGAAUUGGGGAUGGUGUAUGUUUGUUAAAUGUAGGCGAGUGAGUGAACGUAUGAAUGUGUGUGUGUGGUUGCUGUGGCAACGUACCUCUGUGACCAAACGUUGUCCUGUUAGGAGGGCAUGGGCUCGUGUGGCCGUGGCUGACACGGUAGCCGAGACACCGAAUCAGCUUUAGUAGUCUUGCACAAGGGUGUCCACUGGGUAAUGUAGCAAAGCAAUUUUUAUGAAUACAUGAAUACAUGAAGACAUGAAAUAAUACUUAAUAAUUAGUAUUUUCACCUACUUUUCCAGUAUUUUAUGAUAAAAGAAGUGCCACUUUGUUUUUCUUUUUUAAUAGUAAUGUAACUGAAUUUUUUAAAGUCCAUGAGAAAGGAGGCUUGAAGAAGCAUUUAAAUGUUCUCAAAUGACAUUUCAAACCCUAUGUGAAAUCUGAGCCAUAUCAGUCAUUUAAAUACUGUAGAGGUUAUAAGAAGUUAUGACAAAAUUGUGAUUUUUAGGUGAUGAGAGUAAGAUAUCUUGUGACCUGGAGGCAGCCAGAUGGUUACCAAAGGGUUAGUUCAACAGUUAUUAUUACAAGUCUGCCAAAUGAUUUUUAAACAUGUAGCUGAUACUGCAAGACUCUCUAUUUGCUUAGUGGCUAGGCAUUUGUUUUCUAAAAAUGAACUCCAUAUUUAAGUGUGUUUGAAAAAAUGAAAAAAGAUAAAUACAAUAUUGACCAAAUCCUCAUUUGCUCCAAAAGUGAAUAAAAUAAAGUAAUGCAAGGCAUAGUCUCUAUGAGGUUGUUAGUAUGCCAGCAUAUCUGGGUUGGCCAGCCUUACAUGGGUACGAUAUUUCUUCCAGUGAUGUUUAAGAGUAUAUAAUAUUGCUGUAACUACAAUUUACUGAUGAGUAAUGUAAGUUCAUAUACUUGAAAAAAAAGGAUCUUUAAUAUUCAUUAUACAACCAAUAUAGUAUAUAAUAUAUAUUAGCAGUAAGAUGUUGGCUUUUUUGUGUGCGCGUGAGUGAGCAGGGAUUAAGGAACUUCCAAACAUGUUCUUCAUCAGCCCUUUUGUUUAGUUGCCGGCUUGUUCGGCAGCGUCAGUUUGCUCCACUUUUGUGAUACAACUGUAGAAUUGUAAUUGUUGGUUUAGCAAUCCCACUUUAGACAAAAACUGGGUGGAUGUCAGUGUUUUUCUUUGCUUGGUUGCCAGAAAAGGGUGGGUGCAGGCCUGCCGUAGUUGUAGUGAUUCGUUCUCUUUUCCUCAUUGGCUUUGCAUCUCCGCCGUGUGGUCCAGGGUGGCAUCAGUGCUUUCUGGACUCGGUGCAGCGGGUGAACAUUUGCCUUGAUACUCAUUCUUCUGCAGACCUUUCCAGUGUGUCUAACUGAAUGUGCAACCCGUUGUUAGUCAUUGCGUAUCUCUCAUUUUAUUCCUAUAUUUAUUGUCACAUGUUCAAUUGAAUAAUAAUAAUAAGAUUAAUAAUAAUAAUAAUAAUAAUAAUAAUGGUGUGGGAUUCAUAGUAAUUUUAAGUGUUAUUGCCAACAUAAAAAUAUUGGGAUCUUGCAUGGUUUGAUAGCUUUUUUACUUAAAUGUGAAAAACUAAGUCAGGAUGUAUAUAAAUUCUGUAAAAUUUAUAUAAUUAACUAGUAACAAUAAUAAUAAUAAUAAUAAAAAUAAUUAUAAUAAUAAUAUAUAUCCACUACAAAUUGUGAAAGUAGACUUCGUAGGAGUGGAGGCAUGCGGUCGGGGCCCUGAGGGGCAGGGCGCUUGCAGCAGGCAGUGCCCGCUUGCGCCCGUUGCUCAACGUUCUCGCCCCGUCUGUCCACGUGCGAUACCAAAGAACUUGGCGGGAGGGACGCAGACGGGCGCGCUCUGGCCUGUGCAAUCAUCUGUGUACCUAGACUUGAUUUCGUGACUUACCGGCUUAACUUAUUAUUUGGCAGCAGUCGUAGCUGUUGCCUUGUCUGUUCAGAUCUCUGCGUGGUGGGGACGUGCUAGCGGUGUCCGCGUUGCUUCCCUUGGUCAAAAUUUCUCUAAAAUAUAAUAACAAGUAUAAAUGAAUGAAU